GUGACUAUUCAGCAAGCGGGAGGGGCGGUCAAACAUGGCCGACGAGUUGGGGGAAGUAAACACAGCUGUAGAGGAUGGCGAAGCAAAACAAGAGCAAGAGGUCGCCAAACUUUUAAACACGGAGACUGACGACAAUGCCUGCGACAGCAACGCUCUCGGCCGGGCUGAGAGGUCGUCGUCUGAAAGCAGCUGGUCGGCUCCUCUUUUGUCGCUGGCUCGCAAGGCCACGGAAACGCUCAGCAGCGGGGUGAGCUACGCUUCUGUCCCGAGGAACUCCGUGCACGGCUCCGCUGAGAGUCCCGCAGCAGAAAAAGAGCCCGAAAGCGAGUUAAACAGCACGGGAAAGAAGCUUCCAGUGUUGCGACCCAAAGACCCCAUGGCAAUAGAAAGAUCCAAUCUACUCAGCAUGCUGAAGCUAAGCAUCAAGGUUUUAAUGCAGUCCUCACUGAGUUUGGGCAGGACGCUGGACUCUGAGUACCCGCCCUUGCAGCAGUUCUUCUUAGUCCUGGAGCACUGCCUCAAACAUGGACUGAAAGCCAAGAAGUCUUUCAUUGGUCAGAACAAAUCCAUUUGGGGACCACUGGAGCUGACUGAGCGGUUGUGUCCAGAUUCUGCCAACAUAGCGACAAGUGCCAGAGACCUGCCUGGCAUCAAGACUGGUUUGGGGAGAGGGAGGGCAUGGCUGCAUUUAGCGCUCAUGCAAAAGACAAUGGCUGACUAUAUGAAAGCUUUGCUGGACUGCAAAGAUCUCCUAAGUGAGUUUUAUGACCCAGGGGCCCUGAUGAUGGAGGAGGAAGGGGCAGUGAUGGGGGGACUCCUCGUGGGCCUCAAUGUAAUUGAUGCAAACCUCUGUAUUAAAGGCGAGAAUCUGGAUUGUCAGGUGGGAGUCAUUGACUUCUCCAUCUAUCUGAAAGAUUCUACCAGUACAGAGACCCCGAAACAUGAUACCAAGAUGACCGCCAUCUUGGAUCAAAAGCAUUACAUAGAGGAGUUGAAUCGUCACCUCAGUGGCACCGUCACAGAUCUUCAGGCAAAGAUGGACUCCCUGGAGAAAACCAACAGCAAACUUGUAGAAGAGCUGACGGCAGCGACGGACAGAAUCAACUCUCUGCGAGAAGAACAGGAUCAGCUGAAACAGGACAACGAGCUGAUCUUGCUGUCCAGUCAGAAAAAGGAAGAGGCUGCACUUCAGGAUAGCCAGGCAGAACUGGAGACGUACAGGCAAACCCGGCAGGGCCUGGAUGAGAUGUAUAAUGUUGUGUGGAAGCAGUGCAAGGAAGAAAAACGCAUUCACCAGGAGUUGGAGCGAGAGCUGGAGCUUCAGUUAGGGAUGAAGCAGGAAAUGGAGAUGGCCAUGAAGCUGCUGGAGAGGGACUCACAUGAGAAACAGGACUCACUGGCAACCUUGCGACUCCAGCUGGACCAAGUCAAAGCUCUGAACGUUCAAAUGUUCCACAAAGCACAGGACUUUGAACGAGAAGCGGCCAAAAAACAGGCAGAGGCUGAACACCUUGAGCAGAAGAUGGAUGAGAUGGCAAAAGCCAUGACUGAACUACAGCGGAGGCUACAGAAUUCAGAACAGGAUCGUAAGAAGAGCGACCAGUCCGAUAAAGACUUGAGAGUUGAGCUGGAGGGAAAAGUGAACGCUCUUGAAAAACAACUGACUGACCUGGACUCACUAAGGCUGGGCUUGGAGAAGGAGCUUCUCGUUGAGAGGGAACAGCGACAAGGCCUUCAAAAAGCCCUCCAGAGGGAGCAAGACAAUAGUGUUGAGCUUCGCACGCAACUGCAACAACUCCAAGGCCUCCACGCUGAGCUGCAGGAGCUGAAGCAGGAGAAGCAGCAGCUGCAGCAGAUGUGUGAGCAGCAGGAGCAGGCUUUGCAGGAGAUGGGGCUGCAUCUCAGCCAGUCUAAACUCAAGAUGGAGGACUUUAAGGAGGUUAACAAAGCCCUGAAGGGCCACGCCUGGUUAAAAGAUGACGAGGCCAUACAAUGCAAGCAAUGCCAGAAAGAGUUUUCUAUCUCGCGAAGAAAACACCAUUGCAGGAACUGUGGGGAUAUUUACUGCAGCACUUGCUCCAGUAACGAGCUCGCCUUACCUUCGUAUCCUCGUCCCGUGCGGGUUUGUGAUGUGUGUCACUCCCUGUUGCUGCAGAGGAGUUUGUCCAAAGCUUCCUGACAGAACACUGACCUGCCACCAUUUGGAUCUCACACUGCACAGCCACAUUUGUUUAUGAAUGUCAAUUUGGUUUUAGAUCUGAACUUGUUACCUGAAAUUCAGGAACAUUUAAUGCAUUGCAUACCAGAUGCAGUACUGUUCAAGAUAAUUCAUUUUGCUGUAGUAGGGAAAAUCAUUGUGGUUGUCAAGCAAGACUGAGUGAAGCCUUUUCAUGUCAGCUUUUCUAUUAUGUAGAAAUUAUGGCUUCCACCAAGAUUGUCCCAUGAA